GUUUAGUGAAUAUUGCUAAAAGACGCCCGGUAAAUUUGUGUAAAACAUACUUUCUUCUCUAGAUGUUAUUCGUGAAAGUGUAUUAAAUUCUUUCGCAGUUAAACGUACCAUAUGUCGGAGCGGUGUCAUCGUGAAACAAGCGCGGGUAUCAUGAUAAUAUUAUUGUGCGAUAGCGCUGCUGUGUGUGAGGUGGGGUAGAGUGUAUGCGAAUGCACUCACAUACUUGCACACUCGGGGUACAUUCGGCAUGUUCGUGUACAAUGGCAACCUUGACACUUGGUGAUCGUUUUUGGCGGCUUCGUCCCGCUCCUGCUGAAAUCGUGUCUGGUAGAAUCGCGUCGCGAGUGAAAGCGGCGGUGGCCAUUCCGCAAAAUUUCCGACAGUUUGGCAGUAUCGAAUCAUCGAAAUAUUACGCGUUUUAGAAUUACAAUACGGUCGCUUCCGUGAUUUUCACUGUUUUGUUUGUGGCAUAUUUCCUGUACAUCACCGGACAUUUACCAAAUAUAUUUUGCGCGUAUACCCGAUAAUUAAAGUUCGACAGUGGUAAAAUUAUUAUGUCUGUCAAAUAAUCGAGUGAAAUCAGUAAUAUUUAAGUGAAAUCAUAUUUCCUUCGACAAUUUUAAUUUAUUUCGUUUUUGUUCGUAAUAUUUUUACGUGAUUGAACAUAGAAUUUCGUAUUUCGCUCGACCUAAUAGUCAUCAAAACAAAAUAAGCUGUAUAACUGUAUCGACAUGCCUAUGUACACAAUCACAAACAAUGCGCACAAACGUAUGUGUGCUAUGUGUCUAAAUAUGUAAACUUCAAAUAUUUUGCGGUGCAAUUUUUGUGUGCGUAUCGUUCCUGAUGCGCUCAUUACCCCCUUGUAUAUACGUAUUACGGUAAACUGCGAGAGAAACUAAUUUCGUGUAAAAUGUGUAAUCAUACGUAAAUAACUAUUUAUCGUCACGUGCGAACAAUUUUAUCAUAGACGACGUGUUGCAUUUUCGAUUAUAGUGUUAUGUAUAAAGUGACUAUAACGUGCAUUGUUAAUGCGCAAAUACUGCAGUGAAAUUUCUUUUUUUUUUUAUUUAAAAACAGACAAUGUUCAUGUGAGUUCAAGAACAGUGUGACUAUCAAUUUUGUACGUUUCGUGUUGAAUACCGGUUUUACGACAAAGGCAAAAUGGCUCAAAUGGAACAACAGCUACCACUUCAAAUGCCAGACUUAAGUAGUCUUCGCAUAACUACCGCAGUUUCUAUGCUCGGUAAAGCAUAUGGAUGUGGACAAUGUAGCGCUCCCCCACCUGGACCCACAACAAGUUCUUCUGUGGGAGCAGCUGGGUCAACUGGGAGCAGUGUUGUUGCUCCUAGUUCUUUAGGACUCGUUCCUGCACAACAAACACACACUCCUCCUCAACCUCCUGAACUGCCAAUGUUUUCGUGUCCUCGGAGACCAAAUAUAGGACGUGAAGGCAGACCAAUUGGUUUAAGAGCUAAUCACUUUCAAAUUACAAUGCCACGUGGUUAUGUGCAUCAUUAUGAUAUUAACAUUCAACCAGAUAAAUGUCCUCGUAAAGUUAAUAGGGAAAUAAUAGAAACAAUGGUUCAUGCAUAUAGUAAAAUAUUCGGAACUCUUAAGCCUGUGUUUGAUGGCAGAAAUAAUUUAUAUACGAGGGACCCUUUGCCUAUCGGUACUGAUAAAAUAGAAUUAGAAGUAACACUGCCUGGUGAGGGUAAAGACAGAGUUUUUAGAGUGGUGAUAAAGUGGCUGGCUCAAGUUUCAUUAUUUGCAUUGGAAGAAGCUCUAGAAGGACGUACAAGACAAAUUCCAUAUGAUGCUAUACUUGCUUUAGAUGUUGUAAUGAGGCAUUUACCAUCUAUGACAUAUACUCCUGUAGGUAGAUCAUUCUUUAGUACACCAGAUGGAUAUUAUCAUCCAUUAGGUGGUGGUAGGGAAGUAUGGUUUGGUUUCCAUCAAUCUGUUAGGCCAUCACAGUGGAAAAUGAUGUUAAAUAUUGAUGUCUCUGCAACUGCAUUUUACAAAGCCCAACCAGUCAUAGAAUUUAUGUGUGAAGUAUUAGAUAUUCGAGACAUAAACGAUCAAAGAAAGCCUUUAACAGAUUCCCAACGAGUUAAGUUUACCAAAGAAAUUAAGGGACUCAAAAUUGAAAUUACACAUUGUGGAACUAUGAGACGGAAGUAUAGAGUGUGUAACGUUACACGUAAACCUGCCCAAAUGCAGUCAUUCCCUUUACAACUAGAAAAUGGACAAACAGUUGAGUGCACUGUUGCAAAGUACUUCUUAGAUAAAUAUAAAAUGAAGUUACGUUAUCCGCAUCUUCCAUGUCUUCAAGUUGGACAAGAGCAUAAACACACAUAUCUACCCCUUGAGGUUUGUAAUAUUGUCGCUGGGCAACGUUGUAUAAAAAAAUUGACUGACAUGCAGACAUCCACUAUGAUAAAAGCGACAGCCCGUUCUGCUCCAGAUCGUGAACGAGAAAUAAAUAAUUUAGUUAGGAGAGCUGAUUUUAAUAAUGAUUCAUAUGUUCAAGAGUUUGGUCUGGCAAUAUCGAACAAUAUGAUGGAAGUUAGGGGUCGUGUUUUACCUCCGCCCAAACUACAGUACGGAGGGCGCGUAAGUUCCCUCAGUGGACAGACGAAGCAGCAAGCUAUGCCUAAUCAAGGUGUUUGGGACAUGCGUGGCAAGCAAUUCUUCACCGGUGUGGAAAUCAGAGUUUGGGCAAUUGCUUGCUUUGCACCUCAAAGAACAGUGCGUGAGGACGCACUGCGUAUGUUUACAACACAGUUACAAAAAAUAAGCAACGAUGCCGGGAUGCCAAUCAUUGGCCAGCCAUGUUUUUGUAAAUACGCUACUGGGCCAGAUCAAGUAGAGCCCAUGUUUAGAUAUUUAAAGACAACAUUCGCGUCAUUACAACUUGUUUGUGUUGUGUUACCGGGGAAAACGCCUGUAUAUGCUGAAGUCAAAAGAGUAGGAGAUACUUUGUUGGGUAUGGCGACGCAAUGUGUACAGGCAAAAAAUGUUAAUAAAACAUCUCCACAAACGUUAUCCAAUUUGUGUCUAAAGAUUAACGUAAAAUUAGGUGGCAUUAAUAGUAUUCUGGUACCAAGUAUCAGACCUAAAGUAUUUAAUGAACCAGUCAUAUUUUUGGGGGCUGAUGUGACACAUCCCCCUGCUGGGGAUAAUAAGAAACCUAGCAUAGCUGCAGUAGUUGGUAGCAUGGAUGCUCAUCCAUCUCGAUACGCAGCUACUGUAAGAGUUCAGCAACACAGACAGGAAAUUAUUCAAGAACUUAGUUCGAUGGUGAGGGAACUUCUUAUCAUGUUUUAUAAGAGUACUGGAGGAUAUAAACCACACAGGAUAAUACUUUAUCGUGAUGGUGUCUCAGAAGGCCAGUUCUUACAUGUUUUGCAACAUGAAUUAACUGCCAUUCGUGAGGCUUGCAUUAAACUUGAAGCUGAUUACAAACCUGGAAUAACAUUUAUCGUAGUACAGAAAAGACAUCAUACCCGCUUAUUCUGUGCUGACAAGAAAGAACAAAGUGGAAAAAGUGGGAACAUUCCAGCAGGUACAACAGUAGAUGUUUGUAUAACGCAUCCAACUGAAUUUGACUUUUACCUGUGUAGUCAUCAAGGCAUUCAGGGCACAUCACGGCCAUCACAUUAUCAUGUUUUGUGGGACGAUAAUCAUUUUGAAAGUGAUGAAUUACAAUGUCUUACCUAUCAAUUAUGUCAUACAUAUGUGAGAUGUACAAGGUCUGUCAGUAUACCUGCACCAGCGUAUUAUGCUCACCUUGUAGCAUUCCGAGCCAGAUAUCAUUUGGUAGAAAAGGAACAUGAUAGUGGAGAAGGAUCUCAUCAGUCUGGUUGCAGCGAAGAUAGAACACCAGGUGCAAUGGCAAGAGCUAUUACAGUUCACGCAGACACAAAACGAGUUAUGUACUUCGCAUAAUUCUUUGAAGUUUUUUUUUACACACAAGCAACUGAUACCAGAUAAUGAUAAUCAUAUCUUGCGCACGAAUAUUUCUAGACUAUUUAAAUGCUAAACAAUCUUCUUGAGUGGUCAAUUUUUUUAUUUACUUUUAUAAUCAAAUGAAUCUGUCCAAUAUCUAAAACGGGUCGAACAAUUUUAUAUUGAGUUUAUUUCCUUUUUUUAUAUUUUAUUUAACACAUUGUCGACUAGGUUUUGGACAGAUAUUCUAAACAUUCUAGGAAGUAGGUUUUAAAAGAGGUGCUUUUAGUUAAUCAUGUUUUAGAUUAGAUUAAGGCAUAUGCAGCUUGACUGGUGUGAAAUUUCGCGCUAAAAACCACAUGAACAAACAGUUUAAGAAAAAUAUCAGCUGCCGUGCAUAUUACGCUUAUUUUGUUCUUUUCCUUUUUCCUUUUUUAUAGAGAUUAAAUUAUCUCUAGCAUUUGUAUGAUACAAAAAUAUUACAUUACAACAUAAAUUUACGAUUGUAUAAAUCGCUUCUUGCGAAAACUGUUAUCUUGUUGUUUAUGCAUAGUUAUCAUUUAAAUCAGCCAAUUUUUGUAGGGGGAAAAAAAUUUAGACCUAAUGAGUCACGCGAUAAUAAUUGACAUGUACUAUUGUCACGCUUAAGGCAUAUUUUACUAUUAUGCUCAUGAGACUAUGAUUCUCUAUGAUAUCAUAUUUAUCAUACUUAUCAUAUUUAUUGUAAGUACUAAAAAAAUUGGCCACGUCAAGUAAUGAAUUGUCGAUAGGGAGAUGCAAAUGAGUUAAAAAGGUUCAAGGUCUCUAAGCCAAUGGCCAAAGUAAGUUAAGAAUCUGUUAUAAUGAAAUCCAAAGUUGUGGCAAGCUGAUAAAGCAUAGUGUUACGUAAUAUCUUUAGUGUUGUAAAAAAAACAUCGUGCCACAUUUGCUGAAUGAUAUCUUCUGUAUGACGUGAAUUUCAAUCAGUCUAAAUCUAAUGUCAUUUUUACGAGGGAUCAUUUAAAAUGCUUCAGCAUUUUGUUAACUUGAAUGAAAAAGGAAUCAAGAAUCUUCCACGUGACUAGUGACGAUUCAGAAUAAUUAUUGCGUAAUUGGAAGAUCAUUCUUUUAAUAUUAAGUGGAAUAGAAUAUAUUAUUAUUGUAUAAAAGUGUAAUAUUUUACAUCUUAAUGGUUUGAUAGUAACCAAAAAUUCGAAGAUAUAUAUUUGUUUUAGUUUCACUGUCAUUAACUUUCGUAUGAUAUGUGAAGCAGGAGUCAUAGACGCUUACAUCAACAAAGUUAUGAUGCAGCUUCAACUGUAUAGUAACUUUAUUAGUAUCAGAAUUUUGAGGCUCGGUUUGUUAUAGCUAAUACGGUUUCAGACUUUCAGGUCUAAACAGUAUCUAAAAGGAAAAUAUUCUCAAUGUUUCACCCUUACAGUUGGCUUCAUUGAGAAUCUAAAAACGUAUUAACACUGAUGUGCAUGAAGAAAUACAUUCCUUAUGUAGUAUCAAUGUUCAUGUUCCGCUUCGCGGUUGGCUGAUCAAUUACAAAACAGGAGGAAAGUACCGUAAAUGAAGUUAAAACGAUAUCUUUUAUUCCUGUUCAAUAUCGAUCAGAGAUUUUCAUUAUUUUUAUUAUUUUUCUGUAUUAUCAAGGAAUGUAAUAUUUGCAUUUAAGUUCAGAUCUUGGUUCUUCCUAACAGGGUACAGUCCGUUGAAAAGCACUGACUUGCAAUAAAGUAAAACUGAACGCACAAUAAAAAGAAUGCGAGAACCAAGAUAACUAAACAUUCAUAAUACUGAUAAAUGUAAAACUAUCAUGGUCUUCUUUUCAUACACUAAAAGAAUAUUAAAACAGUCUAAUUAAAUAAUGAAUAUGAAUGCUAUAUAAAGAGUGUACACACCUAAGUAAGAGUAAACGUAGCAGAAACAAGGAAGAGCAUAUUCUCUUACACAUAAAAACCAAGGAUAGAUAAAGGAAAUGCUUUCCAUAUACAUAGAAGAAUGUUUCCAUGUACAUUUACCCUUACUUAAUGGAACUCUAAAUUGUACAUAACAUAUUAUCAAUUUGUUUUUAGCUUUCUGAUGAAAUCGUGUAGAAUCCCGGUAGUACAUUAGCAAUACUUUCCUUCUAGAUACAGUUUACACUUGAAAAUUUUAAACGGUAUUGUCCAUAUCGAUGAAGGUAAACGAUUACCUUAAUUUAAUGUUUAAAACAUAAAGCGUUAUCUCCUUGGGUAAUAAAAAUUAUAUUGAAUUUAUAUGGCAUUAGAUCUGGGCUGAUGAUGAAGCCCCAUCAAUGCAAAAAAUGACUCGGAUAAGGUUAGAGUAAGGAUUAUUCAGUAAUUGUAGAAUAGAUUAGAACUAUAAUAUGAAAUUAUUAGGAUAAGUUUUGUUUUAUUUGUUGUGUAACGCAAAUUUUAAGGUCCUUCAAUCUUUCUUCUUUUAAUGUAACGAAUUCUUCAUUCACAAUUCGUCCGAGUGGUGGUGUGUAUAUCAAAUGAAAUGAUCUUAAUCGGCACAGUAACAUUACUAAGAGCCCAGCAAGCAACUACAAUGAAGAAGCAAUAGAUAGGAUAAUGAAAUGUAUAAAUAUGUAUUGAAUGUCGUGCGCCAUAAGUCGUUUAUUGCAUACCGUUAGAAUCAUUAAUACGUCGAUAAUGUUUUUAACGAUGUUCACCGUCUUUGAACAUAGGUUGUAAUUAUUUUGUUAUUUGAUUUAUAAAGCAGUAUUAAAAAUAGCUAAACAUCGAUAUCGUUGCAUGAUUCAAAUGAAAACCAAACUUAUAAACUCUUGUAUAGAUCUAACCAGAGUAUCUUAAUGAUGUUUUGUAAGAUAUAUUUCUUUUUACACUUGAAAAUCAAUUCAAAAAAGCAUUUUAACUGACGCUUACUUGUAAUAUAAAAUGCAGGCUGGCGUCUAGAGUUUAUAGAAAAUGAUGUAUUAAUGAUUCUAGCUUGCAAGUGAUAAAUAUUAAUUUUAUCCGGGAAACUAUGGAAAAGGACCUUAAUCUAUCAAUAAUAUUUAUUCUAGUUAUAAAAUUUAAGCCUUUAAUGUAGGAUAUCGCUUACGGUUACAACAAUUAAUACCUAGUUUCUGACUUUGUGAGAGAACAAAAAAUUAGGUAAUUUGUUAAACAUGAUUUCGACAUCCGUAAAGGUCGAAAGCAUCAUUUUGAAACGUUCGUUAAGAUAGUUUCUGUAAUUGAAUCAAUUACAAAUGAUCGAAGGCAGCGGAUAAAUGAAUGCAAAUUAGUGAUGAUGAAAGGUAUAGUUAAAGUAAGAAAGAAAACUGAGGAGUCUUGAUCAGUGAGGAGAUACAACAAAAAAAAAAAUGAAGAAUUUAUUAUUCGUGUUGUUAAGGGUGUAAUGGAACCAAAAUGACGAACGCAAGAAGUUUAGAUGUGAAGAUUACGGAUCAAUUUUUGAAUCGUAAUGAGGCCAUACAGAUCUAUUAGAUUUUAAGUGAAUCUAAACUGCAAACAACUGCAGUGUACAUAUAAUCGGUGUACAAGUAAAUACCAAGUAAAUGAAAGGAAAAAGGACAUGAAACAGUGAAUAUAUCAAAUGAAGUGAAUAUUUAAUACAAUUUGAAUAAUCAGCAUGUGAGCUGUAUAAAAAUCAUUUACUUUAAAGAUUUAUAUUCCUCGUUGAGUAUACAAGUGCUUAAACAUUAUUAGUUCUGGCGCUUCCACAAAUGGAACGUUUACUGCCAUUAUGGUUUGUUAUUCUUCAUUGGACCUGUGCUAUAGUUUAACAAUUUAGUCUUUUGUAUUUUUGUUCACAUGUUUUAUCUCUUUUGCAGGCAUAAUAUUGUGUUUCAAAUCCUUCAAACUGGAUUGCGAUGGUGCUUCAUGUUUGAUAGAAGUUUGGACGAUGAGCUGACCAGUGUUAUGCAUGGCACGCAGGUGUUGAUUUUAAGAUGUUAAGGUUAUUAUGGACUUCAAACUUCACAAAUGGAACCACCCUGCAAUCCUGUUUAUUGUGAAUUGUAAGAAUUUCUCUGGAUUCCUGUUAUUUGUGGAAUGCAAUUGUAUUUGUUAAUCUUUAAUCGCAUCCAGACAAAAUUUAAAGAGUAUAUGGAAAUUUGUAGGUCCAGAGUUAGUUACUUUCUCAUUUGUAAUUUGGUUUUUUAUUCAUAGAAAACAGUUUACAAUACCACCAUAUUAUACACAUGUAAAUAAUAAGGUGGUAAUAAAUUUUCAUUUGAAAUAUCUUUAAGUCCUAAACUGAAUAUCAGAUACUUUGUAAGAAAGCAUUGUUUCGUGCAGGUUUGCGAACGCUAUACUUGGUAUUUACUUGUGGCCGAUCGAAAACUAGCCUCCAUUUGUAAAUAUUACCUCAAUAACUCGUUCAUAAAUCAUUUUACCAUUUAGUGAUGGACGGUCGGCGGGCAAUAGAUGGGAUGCUUUUUGAACAAACUUUUGUCAUUUUUAUUUCGACAGGAUGAUAGUGAAGAUUAAUUUGUACGUUGUUUGUUUUUUAAUCCGGUGCAAAAACCUAGAUGAUUGAAUUUCUUUUUUGGAUCGAACAACGCAUAAUAAAACUUGUACCUAGUAUAUGUUCGAAAGAGAAAUAAGUUAAUUAAACACAAGUUAAAAAAAAAACGGUAAUUAAAAGUCUCGCGAGAAACGGGUUUUACUUAGUGUGUAAUAAAGAAAAGUAACCGAAUCUAUUGAUAAAAUAAAAAGAACGUAGAAGAGUUUACUUCCUACCACGAGCCCAGACGUUUUAAAAAGUAAGACAAAUAAUCUAUAUUUAUAUAUUAAAAAAAAAAGAGUAAAGUUACGUGUGUGGAACACGUGUGAAUUAUACAUUUCCAAGAAUAAGGUGACGAAAUAAAAAUAUCCUUGUAUUUCGAUGAGCUUUACAAGUUAAAUCGUGAAAUCAAUUGUACUUCGCAAGCGAUAGAUUUUCCGAUAAUUAAUAAGCUGUCUUUGCCUGUAAAGAAAAAAGAAAAGGAGAAAGAAAAAUACGUUGUCUAUUAUUCCCAAGAAAUCAUAGUUCGUCAGUGUUUUUAAGUGGCGUUCAUCGAUAGAUUUUAGCGUAACAAUUGAAUGAAUCGAUUUCGAUAAACGACUAAUUAAUUAUUGAAGCGAUUAAAUGUCUAUUAAAUUAUUUCACAGUAUUAAGAUUUAUCAAUCGAUUCCAUUGUAACACCAUCUCUGCACAAAAUUUAAUGUAGGGAAGUGGCGAUCCUCUUUUUCAUCUUUUUUCUUUUUCCUUAGCGUUUGUUAAGCGACUCGUAAAGCGCCACCAAAGACCUUGACGUUGCGAUAUUAUGAUUUUCGGAAUGUUCUAACUUAGGGUUAAGGAGAUAAAAAAAAAGCUAACGCGUUGAAUCUUAGCACGAUAACGUUGAAUGUUAAAACGGAUCCUGGUCGAUUUCUAGGAAAGGCAAAUAAACUACAAACGACAAAACAUGAUUUUUACAUAAAUUAAACGAAUAAGCUUGAAUAGUUUCGUACAGCGAACGUAAAUGUUACAAUAUUUUUACAAGUGUUUGCACUUUGCUUUUCCUACGAGAUUUCAACCGGCGAACCCGUUCUAUUUCUUUCUUUUUUCGAAACAAUUCGUAAAAGCGUCAAGAAUUCUUCUUACAUAGUUGUAUAUAAGUUUCAUUCGAAGCACUAAACAAACAAAUAAAAAAAUGUGUAUGAAAAGCGCUUAAGAAAAAAGAAAAAAAAGAAUAGAUGUCAAAAAUGUCAGCUUUAAGAAUGUCGAGAACUUCUCGAAAAGACGAUGGCGUUCCCAAGGAAUCAUAUUAAUAUUCAAGCUUCAUGGUAUAA